CUCGCGUUUGCCGCAGCCGCUGAGGGGCGGGGAGCGGGAGGGGCGCGGAGCGGAGCCGGGCCCGCGCCGUGCGCCCCGCCGGGCGGGCUUCGGGCUGCGCCAGCGAGCCGAGUCGGUGGCGCCGCGUAGGAGAUCCUGCACUGGACCCUGAGGCAGCGAAGGAGAAAACUGCAGUCCGGAAUGGCUCGGUCAGCCCGUUCAAAGUCGUGCAGCCGGUUUGGGCCGAGCCCCCACUGUGAGAGUGAGCCACAUGACCCCUGCAGGCCGGGCCUCGGAAGGUGCCAGGCUUGAGGACCCGGCGGCCCACCCGCCCCUUUGGAAAGGCAAGGAGAGGAGCCUGCACUGGUAGUGGCUUCCACUUCUGCCCUUGACUGCAACACCCUAGGGGCCCUCUUGGCAUAGUCAUGGCGAAGCUGGAGACAUUGCCUGUGCGUGCCGACCCAGGGCGGGAUCCCCUCCUGGCCUUUGCCCCACGGCCUUCUGAGCUUGGACCCCCAGACCCCCGGCUGGCCAUGGGCAGUGUGGGCAGCGGGGUGGCCCAUGCCCAAGAGUUUGCCAUGAAAAGCGUGGGCACCCGAACAGGGGUUGGGGGCAGUCAGGGCAGUUUCCCUGGCCCCCGAGGCAGUGGCAGUGGGGCCAGCAGGGAGAGGCCUGGCCGAUACCCCUCUGAGGACAAAACUCUCGCCAACUCCCUCUACCUCAAUGGCGAGCUACGGGGCAGUGACCACACGGAUGUCUGUGGCAAUGUGGUGGGCAGCAGUGGUGGCAGCAGCAGCAGUGGUGGCAGCGACAAGGCCCCACCACAGUAUCGUGAACCCAGCCACCCACCCAAGCUACUGGCCACUUCUGGCAAGCUAGACCAGUGCUCAGAGCCACUAGUUCGGCCGUCGGCCUUCAAGCCUGUUGUACCCAAGAAUUUCCAUUCCAUGCAGAACUUGUGUCCCCCACAGACCAAUGGGACCCCUGAGGGACGACAGGGCCCUGGUGGUCUCAAGGGUGGACUGGACAAGUCUCGGACCAUGACCCCAGCGGGCGGGAGUGGGGGUGGCCUUUCAGACUCAGGCCGGAACUCACUCACAAGCCUGCCCACCUACAGCUCCAGCUACAGCCAGCACCUGGCCCCCCUCAGUGCUUCCACCAGCCACAUCAACCGCAUCGGCACUGCCAGCUACGGUAGUGGCAGCAGCAGUGGUGGGGGGUCGGGAUACCAGGACCUGGGGACUUCAGACAGCGGGCGGGCCUCCAGCAAGAGUGGGUCCUCAUCAUCCAUGGGGCGGCCAGGCCACCUGGGAUCUGGGGAGGGUGGGGGUGGAGGCCUGCCAUUUGCAGCCUGCUCACCACCCUCGCCCAGUGCGCUGAUCCAGGAGCUGGAGGAGCGGCUGUGGGAGAAGGAGCAGGAGGUGGCAGCUCUGCGGCGCAGCCUGGAGCAGAGUGAGGCGGCUGUGGCCCAGGUGCUGGAGGAGCGGCAGAAGGCAUGGGAGCGAGAGCUGGCUGAGCUGCGGCAGGGCUGCAGCGGGAAGUUGCAGCAGGUGGCUCGCCGUGCCCAGCGUGCCCAGCAAGGCCUGCAGUUGCAGGUGCUGCGGCUGCAGCAGGACAAGAAGCAGCUGCAAGAGGAGGCAGCCCGGCUGAUGCGACAGCGAGAAGAGCUUGAGGACAAGGUGGCCGCCUGCCAGAAGGAGCAGGCCGACUUCCUGCCCAGGAUGGAGGAAACUAAGUGGGAGGUGUGCCAGAAGGCUGGCGAGAUUUCCCUUCUGAAGCAGCAGUUGAAGGACUCGCAGGCCGAUGUUUCUCAAAAGCUGAGUGAGAUCGUGGGGCUGCGAUCGCAGCUGCGGGAGGGCCGGGCUUCGCUGCGAGAGAAGGAGGAGCAGCUACUUAGCCUGAGAGACUCCUUCGGCAGCAAACAGGCGAGCUUGGAGCUGGCUGAGGGUGAGCUGCCUGCUACCUGCCUCAAGCCGGCACUGACCCCCGUGGACCCAGCCGAACCACAGGAGGCACUGGCCACCUGUGAGAGUGAUGAGGCCAAAAUGCGUCGUCAGGCUGGGGUGGCCGCUGCUGCGUCCUUAGUUUCCGUGGAUGGGGAGGCAGAUGUUGCGGGGGAGAGUGGGACAAGGGCUUUGAGGCGGGAGGUGGGGCGGCUGCAGGCCGAGCUGGCUGCUGAGCGGCGGGCCCGGGAGCGCCAGGGUGCCAGCUUCGCAGAGGAACGUCGCGUGUGGCUGGAGGAGAAAGAGAAGGUCAUCGAGUACCAGAAGCAGCUGCAGUUGAGUUAUGUGGAGAUGUACCAGCGCAACCAGCAGCUGGAGCGGCGGCUUCGGGAGCGUGGGGCGGCAGGGGGUGCAAGCACGCCUACGCCCCAACAUGGCGAGGAGAAGAAGGCCUGGACCCCCUCCCGCCUUGAGCGCAUCGAAUCCACAGAAAUAUGAUCCUCCACCUGGGCACGUGGCCCUCUGACAAGUGUCCUGUCUGAAGGCCCCAGUCUCCAGGAUCCCCUCCCUCCAUCUCCCUUCCCCAUGUUCCCAGAUCCCCAGACCAAAGAGGUUCUCAAAGCAGCUGUAACCAGGCUCCUCCUGCCCCCUUGGCACCCUCCCAGCUCUAGCACUGCCUGUGUGGGCAGUCACUUGCACCUCCUCCUGAGGAGGGAUGUGAGAGGGCAGAUGAGUGAGGGUGAGGGCCCAGGUAGUAGGGAGCAUUCUUCCCUUCUGGGCAGCCCCUUGUUGGAGAUGGAGGCAGCAGGCCUGCAGUGCUGGCAAGGUGCCACAGCCCCUCAGGGUCCGGGCUGUUGCUGAUGGCCACUUGUGUCUAGCGAUGCUCUCUGUGCUCACCUCCUAGGCCGUUGAGCCUGAGGGGGCCUGCAUGAGUCUGCCAAGGUCGACAGACUCUGGGCUCCUGGCCUCUCUCCUCCUGUGGUGUUUUCCCUCCCUGGGUAGACUGGCAGGACAUGUGGGAGCAGAUGGCCUGCCUGUGGUUGAGAGGGCUGCCUGCCCAGCCCCUCCCCCCCAAGGUCUCUUGGGCUCAGGCCUCAGAGUCUGGCCUGGUCUUGAGUGUGUGUCCCUAUGCAUGUGUUAGGGGAGGGCAGGGCUGGGAUUAGCAGUUCAGUGCCCAGGGAGAUCUGCCUUCCUGUUCUUGGAAAGGGUUACUCAGAGGCUUAGACCUUUACCCUGCCAACCAGGAUCCCCCAGGGCAAUCACCCCAGCUUCUUGGCCGACCCCACACCCAGGGCCACUGUCUGGCUCUAACUACAGCUAUUAAGUGCUACCUGCCUCUCAGGCACUCCCCUUGCCUAGUUUCUGAGGUCAGAUGAGCGUCUGUGAUGUCUUCCUGAAUCUUCCCUCCCCCACCUCCCCUUGCCUCCUGCUUUCAUGCUCAGAAUAUCAUCUUCCCAGGCUGCCUCUUCCCCAAAGUCUCACCUUUUCUUCCAGUAGAAAAUCCUGCUUGACCUUUGGUGCACUGUGUGCUUCCCAGCUCCACUGGCCUGAGCCUGAGCCUGAGGCCUUUGUUUUAGGGGCCCAGGAAGGGUUGGAUGUGAUUGCCCUUGAAGAACAAGGCUGACCUGAGAGGGACACACUGUGGUGUUCCUUGUCUAGGCUGUGAGUUGGCUCAACAAUUUGUCCUGGGAGGCUUGUCAGGGUUACCAUUGGGGGUUGAGACAACAGUGUCACUUCCUUCUCUAGGAGCCCUCUCAGAGUUUAUCUCCCCAAGCCAGAAAGGGAAAUUCUAAGUUCCCAUCUAAGAAAGCAAAUUUAUAAUUCACCAGCAAUAAAAAUUGGAGGAGGCUUGGUCCUUAGCCCUUGUAUUUCUCUUUUUCACUCUCUCUCCCACUCUCAAUAUUGAGUUUGGGGGCAGGGUAGAGAGAGCUGGCAACUACUGUGAGCAAGUUCCCCCAACCCUGACCAGCCUCCUCCAUGACUGGUGACUGUUUAAUGAGCUGUGCAUCCCCCACAAAAACAGGAGGCUCUGCGUGGCCUCUUACCUGCACAGCCUCCUCUGGGUGGUCCCCACCAGGUCUCUGAGCUGGGUGGGAAGCCACCCUGUCAAUCACUGCCCAUUCCACUCACCCCACACUGCACCUGUCCUAGAACCUGGGCCUGAGCCACAGGGCCUGGGAGAAGAAGAGAAAAAAGAAAAAAAAUAUGAACAGUCUCAGCUUUGGGAUGUCCAACCACAAAAUAAAUUAUAUAUAAAUAUAUAUAAAUAUAUAUCUCUACCAUAUGUGAUGGAAAGACUUUUCGUUUUCCUUUCCCAAAGAAAUAAAACAGAGAAAGCCUCUUGAA